GAAUCCCAAGUCCUUCGGGCAGUUGUCAUCGCUCUUCCUUGCAUUGUUUUUGUCUUGCUCAUUGUGAUUGGUGCGCUAUUAUGGCGGUUGAGACGAACUGAACUUAACAAAAAAGCAACCACAGUAAACAGUGGUAUCCCUGUCCCAUCUGGUGGUCAUCAAGUGUCAGAGCCUGGUGUUUAUAUAGAACUCCACCCCAGGCCUUCGGAAGGAAAGUUACGUGAACCUCCUGAGUAUCAGUCAUUGCUGGACACUCAAGUGACUACCGAUUAAUGACUGUAAAUAUAUGUGAUCAUAUAUGUGUACUGCAGUGAAGAAACGAAUCUAAGCGAUCCUUGCAGCUAUGAACUAGUAGUUGAAAUAAGACCUGAAAAAAUUCAAGCUCGUUCGGAAUUUGAACCCAUGACCUCUGCGAUACCAGUGCAGCGCUUUACCCACUGAGCCAACAUGCCAAUAUGUGAACUGCGGUGAAGAAACGAGGAUCGCUUAUAUUCGUUUCUUCACCGCAGUGCACAUAUAUGAUCUCAUAUAUUUACAGUCAUUAUUCACCACGUGGACCAGCUUCCAAUUGGCUUGUUAGCUCAGUUGGUGGAGCGCUGCACCGGUAUCGCAGAGGUCAUGGGUUCAAAUCCCGUACGAACCUGAAUUUUUUCAGGUCUUAUUUCGAGUACUAGUUCAGUAGUGUUCGUAGCUGCGAGAAUCGCUUAUAUUCGACUUCUGAUUAUUACAAUGUGGGAUUCAAGAAAGGAAGGUCACGGAAGAAAGACGGCGGAAUUUACGAGAAUUCCUACAGUUGA